GAGAACAAAGCCAUUAAAUAUAUUUGCAUUUUUCUCUCUAGGUCUUUUCUUGAACUUAUUCGUGUGUUAUUUGUUUGAUCACUAAUCAAUAUACUUGUUUUCUGUUUUGUUUAUUUGUUUUCUGGUUUAUGAUGGCUGUGGAGGAUCGUUUGGUGGGUGAAGAUGUUACAGAAGAAGGUUUUCCAGUUGGUAUGCGUGUUCUGGCUGUUGAUGAUGAUCAGACUAGUCUCAAAGUGCUGGAGAAGCAUCUUCUCACAUGCAAGUAUAAUGUUACUACAACUACGAAGUCAGUGGAAGCGCUUGAAUUGUUGAGGGAAAAGAGAAGCAUGUUUGAUCUUAUAAUUAGUGAUGUAAACAUGCCAGAAAUGGAUGGUUUCAAGCUCCUUGAGCAAGUUGGACUUGAGAUGGACCUGCCUUUCAUUAUGUUGUCAGGACAUGAUGAUAGAGAAAGGGUGAUGAAAGGUGUGAUGAAAGGCGCUUGCGACUAUCUAGUCAAACCGAUCCGAUUGGAGGAGCUUAAGAACAUAUGGCAACAUGUAGUGAGAAAAAAGAUUGAAAGCAAGGAUCAAAAUCAAGGUAUCAUUAGUGAUGGGGUAUCUGGUCAAGACACCUCAUCUGAAAAUAUUCCUAAGAAGAAUAAAACGCAUGGACGAAAAAGAAAGGAACAAAGUGAGGAGGAAGAAGCAGAUACUGAUGAAGAGAAUGACGAGGAACACUCAACUCGGAAGAAGCCGCGUUUUGUUUGGGAUAACGAGUUGCAUAAAAAAUUUGUUUCUAUAGUUAAUCUGCUUGGCCUUGACAGUGAGUUUAUAUGA